AUGAUAGAACCACCGUCAAAGGCUGCUUAUGAGAGUUUAACUGAGCAGGAAAAAAACUUUUUAUACAGUCUACCUAAUAGAGUUGAAUUACACGCUCAUUUGAAUGGAUCAAUACCGAUGGAAACGCUUGAAUCACUUGCUCAAAGCUCUAAAGAGUCUUCUGAGGGUAUAGAGGUAUUUAAGAACGGAAUAUCGUUGGACGAAAUAGCAGACUUCUUUGACUUGUUCCCUGCGAUUUACAGUCUAACAUCAACGAGGGAAGCUGUCACCAAAGUCACAGUUGACGUACUAAGAUCAUUCUUACAUGAUCAAAACGCAACUAAGAUAGAAUUGCGUUCUACACCACGUGCAACUCCUCAUAUGACGAGGUAUCAAUACAUCCAGGCAGUUGUCGAUGGUAUUGAAAUAGUCGAGAAGACACUCGGUGAAAAUAGAAUCGGCUUGAUCGUCAGUGUGGACAGGAGAAUGUCAGCCGAGGACGCAAAUGAAGUUGUUACAUUAGCAUCCCAGUUCGAUAGAGUUGUUGGUAUCGACCUCUGCGGUGAUAUGUUCAAAGCUCGUGAUUUGAAAGCUCUCAUUGGGCCUUUAUUGCGUGGAAAGGAACUCGGUAAAGGUCUAACAAUGCAUUUGUAUGAGACUGAACCACGUAAUGAAGAAGAAGAAGAGCUAGAAUGGCAACUUCUACAACUCAAACCGCUGCGGUUAGGACACGCGACAUACCUUUCAAGUAGAGCCCUUGAAUUUGUAAAGAAAGAGGGUAUUUGUAUUGAACUUUGUUUGUCUUCAAACGUAAUGUGCAAAACUGCGAACAGUGUAGGCGAACAUCAUAUAACUAGAUUACUAGAAGAAGGCAUCAACGUCACAAUAUGUACCGAUGACCCAUUGCCUUUCCGUACAGGUUUGAUGAAGGAACUGGCAAUAUUAUUAGCUCAACCACCACUUGGAUUGGGAUUAUCUAAGGAUUCGGUGAGAAGCAUAGCGGAUAACGGAGAAAAGUUUAUGUUUAUAAAUAAUUAGAUAUAAAUUAGGUUAUACAUUA